AUGAUCGACUUGAUAUCACAGAAUUAUGGUACAAAAUACAAUUUAUACCUAGACGAAGUCAGAAGAUACAUACCAAAAACAUUUACGGGAAAAAACAACCAAAACUUAAGUGACUUCAAGGAUGCACUGGUAAUGAUCUUCAAAACAGUUCCACUAGUGUUUCCAACUGAUCGUGAAAAAAUCAACUAUCUUUAUGAUAGAACUGGAGAACAUUAUCAAAACCAAAUUAAAGAAAUUGUGAAAAAGCCCGGAAAAAAUAGAACCUUUGAGUUCGUCUUUGAACAAACCCUUGAAAAUGGAAAAAGCGAUUCUUGGCUAGAAACAUUGCAUGAAUAUUUAGAACAAACACCAAAUUUGGAUCUUGAUUUUCAUGAAUAUGAGAAAUGGCUCAAUAGCUUAGACCGAGAAACACAUAAUAGGGUCACUAUCUUUUUAAGCCUCAAAAUGAAUCACCGAAGCCUUCUUCUUGAUAAUGGUUAUGAGAAAGGAGAUAUACAUCAAGCAAGAAAACAGACAAAGAGAAAGUUAUGGUACACACCACUUCCAAAACCAACGAAAUAUACACGCCAACAGUUCUCAACACCGAAACAGAAAGCUUGGAAACCAAAUAAACGCGAACAAACCAAGAACUGGGAUGACUCCAAAUAUGGAGCGAAAUCAAAACCAAGCGAAUGA